AGCCUCUAGUCUUGCUUUGAAAAAGCUACUUUGUAUAACUCUUGACUGAAUAAUUUCCUCACACACCUGUUGGGCGGAACACUGACAGAGUAUGCCACUUGAAAGGGCCUUCUGGUGACCAGAUACUGGUGAUUAGAAAAGAGAGGUGUUUUUAUUUUUAUUUUUGUUUUUUGUUUCCUGAGCAUUAUGAACAUUGACUUUUCACUCUUGAAGUAAAAAUGUUGAAAGCCGAGUCUUCAGGUGAACGGAGCACUCUCAGAAGUGCCUCUCCCCACAGGAAUGCAUAUAGAACUGAGUUCCAGGCACUGAAAAGUACUUUUGACAAACCCAAGUCAGAUGGGGACCAAAAAGCAAAAGAAGGUGAGGGCUCCCAACAGAGCAGAGGCAGGAAAUAUGGCUCCAAUGUCAACAGAAUUAAAAAUCUGUUUAUGCAGAUGGGUAUGGAACCCAAUGAGAAUGCUGCAGUCGUUGCCAAAACGAGGGGGAAAGGUGGCUCUUCAUCCCCUCAGAGAAGGAUGAAACCUAAAGAAUUUCUGGAGAAAACAGAUGGCUCUGUUGUUAAGUUGGAGUCCUCUGUCUCUGAACGAAUCAGUAGAUUUGACACAAUGUGUGAUGGCCCCUCGUAUUCCAAGUUCACGGAGACACGAAAGAUGUUUGAGAGAAGUGUGCAUGAGUCAGGACAGAACCAGCGAUAUUCCCCCAAGAAAGAAAAGGGUGGAGGGAGCGAACCACAGGAUGAGUGGGGCGGGUCCAAAUCCAAUCGAGGCAGCACUGAUUCUUUGGACAGCCUUAGCUCCCGCACUGAUGCUGUCUCCCCAACUGUGAGUCAACUGAGUGCAGUAUUUGAGAACACUGAGUUCCCUAGUGCCAUCGUUUUGGAGAAGGCAGAAAGCAGUGAAUAUUCUGUGACUGGGCAUUAUCCCCUGAAUUUGCCAUCUGUUACUGUUACAAAUCUCGAUACCUUUGGCCACCUUAAGGAUUCUGAUUCUUGGUCUCCUUCGAACACCCAAGAAGUUGAUACUGAGGAUGCUCAGAAGAGUAAUACAACUCCAAUAGCAGAAGUGACUCCUAAGAGUACACCUCCAGCGUCGUUGCCUAGCGAGGAGACACAGCAAAGCAAGGAAGCCGAGAACUCCACAUCUAACCAAGAGACUCGGAGCAGAAUUGACAAAGACAGUCCCGAAGAACCUUGUGCUGACAGUAAGGCAAUGCCGAGGUCUGCGAUCCUUUCACCACAAAAUGAACCUUCAGGAGGUGCUGGAGCUUAUUUGGUUGGGACCGAGGCAGCAAAACAACAGAGGAAAGAGCUUGCAACUGGUGGUCUCACCUCUCCUGAUGCUUCUACAUCCAGCUACGGAAGAGAAGUACCUGAAGACCCCAGUAAUUUUGAGAGCUCCCAUGUAUACAUGCACAGUGACUAUAAUGUGUACAGGGUAAGAUCCAGGUAUAAUUCAGACUGGGGAGAGACAGGCACUGAGCAGGAUGAGGAGGAAGAUAGUGACGAGAACAGUUACUAUCAGCCCGAUAUGGAGUACUCAGAAAUUGUCGGAUUGCCAGAAGAAGAUGAAAUCCCUGCAAAUCGGAAAAUUAAGUUUAGUAGUGCUCCAAUUAAGGUUUUCAACACUUAUUCCAAUGAAGACUAUGACAGGAGAAACGAUGAAGUUGACCCUGUGGCUGCAUCUGCCGAGUAUGAACUUGAAAAGCGUGUAGAGAAGCUGGAGCUUUUCCCAGUGGAACUAGAGAAAGAUGAGGAUGGUCUUGGUAUAAGUAUUAUUGGAAUGGGUGUCGGAGCAGAUGCAGGCCUUGAGAAGCUGGGAAUAUUCGUCAAGACAGUAACAGAUGGUGGUGCCGCCCAGCGAGAUGGCAGAAUACAGGUCAAUGACCAGAUUGUGGAGGUGGAUGGAAUCAGCCUGGUAGGCGUCACACAGAAUUUUGCUGCGACAGUUUUGAGAAACACCAAGGGCACCGUCAGGUUUGUUAUUGGGAGAGAAAAGCCAGGACAAGUGAGUGAGGUCGCACAGCUGAUAAGUCAGACCCUGGAGCAAGAGAGGCGCCAGAGAGAGUUGUUGGAGCAGCACUAUGCCCAGUACGAUGCGGAUGACGAUGAGAACACUGUGGCUGAACUGCAAGGAGUAUGUGGCAACAGCAAUAACAAUAACAACAAUUUCUUUAAGACAGGAGAAUAUGCUACAGAUGAAGAGGAGGAUGAGGUGGGACCCGUGCUCCCCGGUGGUGAUAUGGCCAUUGAAGUCUUUGAGCUGCCUGAGAAUGAAGACAUGUUUUCCCCAUCAGAUCUGGACACGAGCAAGCUCAGUCACAAGUUUAAAGAGUUGCAAAUCAAACAUGCAGUUACAGAAGCAGAGAUUCAAAAAUUGAAGACCAAGCUGCAAGCAGCAGAAAAUGAGAAAGUGAGGUGGGAACUGGAAAAAAACCAACUCCAGCAGAACAUAGAAGAGAACAAAGAAAGAAUGUUAAAACUGGAGAGCUACUGGAUCGAGGCUCAAACUUUAUGUCACACGGUGAAUGAACAUCUCAAAGAGACACAAAGCCAGUAUCAGGCCUUGGAAAAGAAGUACAACAAGGCAAAGAAAUUGAUCAAGGACUUUCAACAAAAAGAGCUUGAUUUCAUCAAAAGACAGGAAGUAGAAAGAAAGAAAAUAGAAGAUUUGGAAAAAGCGCAUCUUGUGGAAGUUCAGGGCCUGCAAGUGCGGAUCAGAGAUUUAGAAGCUGAGCUGUUCAGGCUACUGAAGCAAAAUGGGACUCAAGUGAACAAUAACAACAAUAUCUUUGAGAGAAGAACAUCUCUUGGCGAAGUCUCUAAAGGAGACACCAUGGAGAACUUGGAAAUCAAGCAGACAUCUUGUCAGGAUGGCCUAAGUCAAGACUUGAAUGAGGCCAUUCCAGAGACAGAGCGCCUCGAUUCAAAAGCACUGAAAACUCGUGCCCAGCUCUCAGUGAAGAACAGGCGCCAGAGGCCCACGAGGACAAGACUCUAUGACAGCGUCAGUUCCACAGAUGGAGAGGACAGUCUAGAGCGAAAGCCUUCAGACAGUCUCUGUAACCACAUGCAUGUUUCCAAAUCAUUGCCACCCAAGGGUCUGAGAACUUCUCCAGAAUCAGAUUCUGGGGUUCUGCCCCUCACCCGAGUGGCUAGCCACACGUCCUUCUCAACUGACCACAUAGCUGAGUGUCAAGGACCACUGCACCCAGAUGGGGCGCUUGUCUCCUCUGUGUGGGGAGGCUCUUCCCUCUCCUCACCUUCAGACUGUGACUGUGCUGCAGAAGACUCUCCUUGCCUCCAUCAGGCCAUCGCCGAGAAAACACUACAAGAAAAAGAUGAUGCCAAAUGCCCCAAAUCACCAAGGGCGCCCAGCUUGUUGGUGCAAGGAGGAAAAAUUAGGAGGAAGUUUGUGGAUCUGGGGACACCUCUGCGAAGGAAUUGCAGCAAGGGAAAGAAAUGGAAAGAAAAAGAAGCCAAUAGGUUUUCUGCAGGUAGCAGGUUCUUCAGAGACAGGCUGGAAAACUGGAAACCCAAGCCACACGCAGCAGCCCAGGCGGCCAGCCGUUCCCCUUGCAUGCCUUUCUCGUGGUUUAACGAAAGCUGGAAAGGAUCCUAUUCCUUCAGGAACCCACCUUCACCUACAAGUCCCUUUCAACCUUCUCCUGAGACUCUAAUUUCAGAUAAAAUGAGGUCCAAGAACUUUACUUUCAAUGAUGACUUCAGCCCUAGCAGUACCAGUUCAGCAGACCUGAGCGGCUUAGGAGCAGAACCCAGAACGCCAGGGCUGUCUCCGUCCUUGUUGCUGUCAUCAGACGAGAUCCUUGAUGAUGGACAGUCUCCCAAACACAGUCAGUAUCAGAGUCGGGCCGUUCAUGAAUGGAGUGUGCAGCAGGUUUCUCACUGGUUAAUGAGCCUAAGUCUGGAGCAGUAUGUAUCUGAAUUCAGUGCCCAAAACAUCACUGGAGAGCAGCUCCUGCAGUUGGAUGGAAAUAAACUUAAGGCUCUUGGCAUGACAUCAUCCCAGGAUCGGGCAGUGAUCAAAAAAAAACUGAAGGAAAUGAAGGUGUCUCUAGAGAAGGCUCGGAAGUCUCAAGAGAAAAUGGAAAAACAAAGAGAAAAGCUAAGGAGGAAGGAACAAGAGCAAAUGCAGAGGAAGUUCAAGAAGGCGGAGAAGAUGACAUCCACGUCAACAGAGGGCGCUGGUGAGCAGUAAUAGACAAGUUCCACCUCUUCCUGCCUGUCCCAUUCUCCAAAGAAUGAAGAAAGAAUGAUGUCGGGGUAGUGCCGCUCUAGGCAGACUGAGGAACUGUGUGUUGAAUCACUGCAUUUUCUGCAAUCAUAAAAUGCACCCUUAAAUUUAUCCUCCUGAAAUAACCCCCAAGCCACCUUUGGUUGAUUAGCAAACCAGAGAUCUCAUUUAUGAGAGAUGCAAAGUCACUAAGUCUCCUCUCCUAUGUACCAACACCCUGUGCUGUGCUAGGUUAUUUGUGCCACUUGGAGAAUCUGCCGUUUUGAGCACAGCACCCCCUGGUGUUGCUGAAGGAGCACCUAGAAUGGUCAGGGUGGGAUCCUGAACCUGGGCAACUGUCAUCAGAUCUAGGACCGUUUCUAGGGCUGCAGGAUCUAGUCGGUGAAAAGAAAGGCUCCUCAGUUCUAUCUGGAGAGCCAGCUAGUCCCAUUGUGGAAAUGUGGGUGUCUUGCCACAUAAUUACCUAUGGAGGGAAAGAGCAAGCACACUGUUCUACUUGCUGGGCAUCAGAAAGAGAGAACAAAUUAUAGUUCUUUAUACAAAAAAGCAAAAGCCUUAAGAGCGUGUGCGUGUGUGUGGCAAUACCAUGGGUUUCUAAGGGUGACAUUUAUUCUCUGGAUAUUGCUGAAGAAAGAAGAAAAAGUCAGACAUUAAUGCAGCCGUGGCAGGUUGGAAUCUGUUAUUUACUUUGCUACCACUGAGUGUUAAGUGUUUUAGCAGCACCAGCAAACACAAUGGCAGUUCCCCUUCUCCCCCAACAAAAUGAACAGGAAAUUGAUUUUUAAGCAAACCAACCUUUUUCAGGUUUCCUCUCCUGGAGAACAUUCUGGCUGGUCCUUACCUGCCUAUGACACAACCAGAAACUUGUCACAUAUUUUCUACUCAAAAUUCCCCAAGUGAGCUCAGUGUUUCAACAAACACACUUUUAAGCAAAACAGAAAUACCAGUUAGAGAAAAUUUAGAUUUGAGUAACAUUCAACCACUGAACUGGUUUUUUGUUUUGUUUUUAACAUACAAUACAUCCUUUAAAGGAGAGCCAUCAGUUACAUUUUAGAGAUAUUCUGAAUGGUUUACCUGGGCCAUUCUCUUCCACACCCUAGAGAUUUCUACUAAACAGUUUAUUUAAGGCAGUAUGUGGGAUACGUUGUAGCAGUGGGAGAACUUUUGCUUAUUUUAAAGCCAGUGUUAAGGAAUUUGGUAUUUGACCAAACUGAGUUGAAUGUAAGAUACUGGGGCAGAAGGAGGAGAACAUAAAGUCAAUCUUGAGAAAUUUCAAAUUAUGAGGGUGUUUUUUAAUGUCUUUUGUUUUGCUUCUUACACUUACUCUCAUUCUCUUCGAUGCAUGAGCUCCAAAAAUGAGGUCAUCACUUUCUAAUGGACAAGUUUCGAAGUAAGACUUGAGACCAUGAGAGUUUUUGGACAGGUGUCUCACUUCCUGUAUGGUGGGCUUCUCUGCUGUGCUUCCGGCACGUCCACUUCUCUACUGCAAGUACUCCACACACACAGCCUGGCAAUGGCUCUCAAGGCCUGCACCUAAUGGGGACUACAAGGAGUCUUCCCUGGAUAGCCCCAUUUCUCAUAUUCAGCAUUAUGAGUUUAUUGUUUAUUAUUUUUUUAAUAUCUGAGUUCUGGAAUUACCUAAGCUAGAAAUUUAUAAUCCUGUUCUUUCCCAAAGUCUGUCUCCUUUUCUGUACCAGAGAAUUGUCUGUUCAGAUCAUUCAUUCAGUCCUAAAAGAUGUUGACAUAGAGUAAUGCUGUGCUUGAUGACCAGAGUCACUAUUAUGUUUUUCUGUCUGUCUUCAUUUGGGUUAUCAUAAUGAAACUGCCACACCAGGUACUUGUUAAUAGACUAAGAUAUCUGGUUCUUUGCUCUUGGUUAAUAGCACUGGAAACCAGGAGGCACUAUUAAUGAACUUCAAAAUUCAACCAAUCCUUCCUAAUACUAGAAGACUAAAUUAGUAAAUAUCUGGUGAUAUUAGUGCAUUCUAUUGUAAAUUUUUGCCAGUUUUGUUUUUCUUUGGAAAGAAAAAAUGUAACCUGGACCACACUGGAAAUUUUACUGUAUUGAUUUAAGAGUAGAAAUAGAUAAUUAUUUUAUGUUUAUACUUUGGUUACAUUUGUGAAGGAAUGUAUAUAUUGGAAAUGUCUAUAAGUGUGUCUUUGCCCAUAAUUUAUGAUCUAUUAUAUUUUCUUAAAUGUCUUAUACAUAUUGUUCUUUAUUAUAACUUUAUUCAUGCACUUCAGUAUUUAAUAUCCAACUGACAACGUUAAAAAUCAAAUUCUUAAGUCAGUUUGUAUUGUAACAUCUUGAUUUUAAGGUAGGUUAUAGCAGUUUUAGCUAUAAAUGAAUUCAUUUAACCUUACUACUUAAAACUGCUGAAGUUGUAAAAGGCACUUGAUGUGAUUGCCCAACAAAGGAUAAGAUGUAAACUUAUUGUUACAAAGUGAAGGACCUCAGAUCUCGUGAGCAUUUUGUUUGCUUAUUAUUUCUUUUAGUGACUGUAGUGCAUGAUGACUAAUUGAGGUUCUAGUGUCUUGCACAAUUCCUACUUUAAAUGCUAGUAUUACUCAGCUUCCCUAUAAUUUGACAGAGUUGUUACGAACACAGAGGGAAUAUAUGUUUAGUUUGAAGUCUGUUCUAGUAAAGAACAGCUCAGCAUCGCUGCAACAGUAGCCGGGGGUUUGGGGGUACGGGUCGCGCUUUGGAGGGACAGGUAUGUGGCAAGACUAAGCUGUAGACAGUGAGCACUGUAAGGAUAGUGUCUAGGUCAGGUUUCCACUACGGGGCUCUAUAACACAUUACUCUGCUGAAGACUGUCUCUCUUGCAGUAACUUACCCCCCUCCUUUGGGGGUGCUGCAUCAGAAGCAUUGCUUAGUGUUCAGUUAGGGCGGAAAGCCCAUAUCAUCCGUGUUUGCACUCUGAGGAAGUCUGCCUCUGCUUUCAUUACAAGAAAGCUGUUCUGUGGCCGUCAUCCUUCACCUGGGGUCCACGUGGUAGGUGUCUCACUCCCAGCCACACACGGCCUUUAAACGCACCAGUGCAUGACGACAGCAUGAUGGGUGCUAAUGUCAGACACGGCUUCCAGCUGGCACCGAAUGAGAACUUCUACCCUAGGCUCCUUUCCUGUUGGGAAUAAAACAGAAAGAAGGAAAAUGCGAACACAUUAACCCCCAGCCACUGCUUGUGACUCCACAGUCAUUUAACUGGAUACCCUAAAAGAUUUCAGACCCAACCUACAAGAAUGUCCACAGGGUGUUUGAUUAAGAGACACAGCCUUUAUGAUUUCUGCUGAAGACAAAGAAAUCUUGUGUGUUCUUUGUGCAUUAAGAUUAAAAUAUUCUCGAAAGUUGUUACAUUCUAAGAAGGUAAAUGAAAAUUGUAUUAAUGCAGAUAUUGUGAAUCAUUUAUAACCAUGAAAGGCUAGAAUACACUGAGCUUUAAGAGGACAGUGUUUACCAAUUAUGUUCAGGAAAAUUCUGGAGGAAAGAAUCCCACACUUCUGAAAGAAACUUCAUCCUUUGGAGAUGUUGUAGCUGUUUCAUUACACUGAGAUAUUUGAGAAUUACCAAGGUCUUCUUGAGUAACUCCAGUGGAGCAAGAGACAAGGGGCAUGCCUCUUUGGUGGACAGUAGUCACCUACUUUAACACUAAGACUAAACGUAAUUUGGAAAUGAAAUGUUUUUUCUAUUUUUUUCUGAUUCACUUUUAACCAAGGAGCUACCUGUACACAAUUCUAAAGCUGUUUAUUUAAGAGUGAGGUCCAGAAAUAAUAUGUUUAUAUUUUCCACCAGAAUUGUUCUCAGGACGAUAAAGCAAGGGAGAGCACAGUCUUAAAAAAAAAAAAAAAAAAAAA